GAGAUAAUAUUAUAGCGAAUGCAAAGAAAAUCUGUAAGCUAUUUACAUAGCUAUCGCUUUCCAAUAUUUUCAGGUGGAUAUCUCUUAAAAUGCAAAUAACCUUGAUUAAAGUUGGAAGCAUGUCUGAAAUGUAGGUUUAACUUAACUUCUAUUCCAUUAGUAGAUGUUCGGCUUGUUCCGAUGUUGGCCGAAUAGUAACGAUUGUGUUCAACGCUAAUUGCGUUUUUGCCUAAAGCAAGUCCCAAAAGUCGGUCGUCCGGUGGAUGUAAGUUAGGAAAAUCAAACGCAGUAUAUUCUGUUACAAUAACGUAUAAGAUUAAAACAUUGGAAAACGAUGGCUUGUCAAGUUAGCAGGGAUGUUCCUGACAUUGAGAACAUCUUGGCGUUGAACCCACGAAUCAGCCCACACGCGACCCUCGUACCUAGCGCGAGGACCAAGCAGAACAAGAAACACUGGAAGAGGAACGACGAGAAAGGAUGCUCGUCCUGUCCGCCGCUGCAGAACAACUUCGAUGACAUCAAGCACACCACACUGAGUGAGCGGGCGGCGAUGCGCGAGGCAGCCAGAUGCCUGAAGUGCGCGGACGCCCCGUGUCAGAAGAGCUGUCCCACCCAGUUGGAUAUCAAGUCCUUCAUCACCAGCAUCGCCAACAAGAACUACUAUGGUUCCGCGAAGGCGAUCUUCUCCGACAACCCGCUGGGUCUCACGUGCGGCAUGGUGUGUCCCACAAGUGACCUCUGCGUGGGCGGCUGUAACCUGUACGCCUCCGAGGAGGGGCCCAUAAACAUUGGGGGGCUGCAGCAGUUCGCAACAGAGGUCUUCAAAGACAUGCGCAUCCCCCAAAUUCGCGACCCGAGUCUUCCGGCCCUCUCGGACCUGCCGGCCAGUUUUCGGAGCAAGGUGGCGCUGAUUGGGUGUGGCCCGGCCAGUAUAAGCUGCGCCACGUUCCUCGCUAGGCUGGGAUACAGCAAUCUUACCGUGUUCGAACGCGAGAAUUACGUCGGCGGUCUGAGCUCCGCGGAAAUCCCCCAGUACCGGUUGCCCUACAGCGUGGUUGACUUUGAGGUUCAGUUGAUGAAAGACCUCGGCGUCAAGAUUGAGACAGGUCGAUCACUGAGUACGAAGGAUCUGACAUUGAACAAGCUAAAGCAAGACGGGUACAAAGCAGUGUUUGUUGGGAUCGGCUUGCCUAAUCCGAAAAAGAUUGAAAUCUUCGAGAACCUCACGGAGGAUAUGGGUUUCUACACUUCCAAGGACUUCCUGCCUAAAGUCUCCAAAGCCAGCAAGGCGGGAAUGUGCGCGUGUAAGUCGCAACUUCCGGUAAUCACAGGAAAGGUGGUCGUUCUGGGUGCCGGGGACACAGCGUUCGAUUGCGCUACGUCCGCUCUCCGUUGCGGCGCAAAGAGAGUGUACGUGGUGUUCAGGAAAGGGUUUACCAACAUCCGGGCAGUUCCCGAAGAGAUGGACCUUGCGAAGGACGAAAAAUGCGAGUUUCUCCCGUUUCUUGCUCCGCGAAAAGUUACAGUGAAAAAUGGCCGGAUAUCCGGUAUGGAAUUCGUGCGUACUGAGCAGACGGAUGACGGCGAUUGGGAAGAAGAUGAAGAGGAGAUAAUCCGACUGAAGGUUGAUUACGUCAUUUCCGCUUUUGGUUCCGGUCUUACGGAUCCUGACCUGAUAGAAUCCCUGGCCCCGGUGAAGAUCAACCGAUGGGGGAUACCGGAAGUGGACACGGAUACCAUGCGGACGAGCGAGCCGUGGGUGUUCUGUGGCGGCGACAUCGCCGGCGUCGCUCAAACUACCGUCGAAUCCGUCAAUGACGGCAAACAGGCGUCAUGGCACAUGCAUAGAUACCUGCAGUUACUUAGCAACGAGUCAGUGCCGGAGACGCCAGCGCUGCCGCGGUUCUUUACGCCGAUCGACAACGUUGACGUGAGCGUGGAGAUGUGUGGUCUGACGUUCCCCAACCCGUUUGGACUGGCCAGCGCCCCGCCCACCACGAGCAGCGCGAUGAUACGGCGCGCCUUCGAGCAGGGCUGGGGCUUCGCGCUAACCAAGACAUUCUCAUUGGAUAAGGACCUUGUUACCAACGUCUCCCCUCGAAUUGUGCGGGGCACCACAUCCGGUCACAUGUACGGGCCGGGGCAGGGCUCGUUCCUGAACAUCGAACUUAUCAGCGAGAAGACGGCCGAGUAUUGGUACCGAAGUAUCACGGAGCUCAAACGGGACUUCCCGAAACAGAUCCUGAUCGCCAGUAUCAUGGCAAGCUUCAGCAAGGACGACUGGACCCAGUUAGCCAUCUUGUCCGAGAGAGCCGGUGCAGACGCCCUAGAGCUUAACCUGUCGUGUCCCCACGGGAUGGGUGAACGGGGGAUGGGGCUGGCGUGCGGACAGGACCCGGAACUCGUGCGCAACAUCUGCCGCUGGGUGCGCGACGCCGUGAAGAUCCCUUUCUUUGCCAAGCUGACCCCUAACGUGACCAAUAUCGUCACCAUCGCCAAGGCGGCACAAGAAGGGGGUGCCGACGGUGUGACGGCCACAAACACUGUUUCCGGUCUCAUGGGACUAAAGGGGAAGGCCGAGGCGUGGCCGAACAUCGGGAAGAGCAAGCGGACCACCUACGGCGGUGUUUCCGGUAAUGCCAUUCGACCGAUCGCUUUGCGCGCCGUGUCUGCCAUCGGUAACGCACUUCCGGGAUUCCCGAUACUGGCUACGGGAGGCAUCGAUUCUGCAGAGGCGGGUAUGCAGUUCCUACACGCAGGGGCGUCCGUUCUGCAGGUGUGUAGUGCGGUACAGAACCAGGACUUCACGCUGAUAGACGACUACGUUACUGGCCUAAAAGCGCUCCUAUACAUCCAGGGACUCGAGGAACUAGCGGACUGGGACGGUCAGAGUCCGCCCACCGUCAAACACCAGCGCGGCAAGCCCGUGCCCAAGCUAAAUGAACUUAUUGGCAAGGGUCUCCCGUCGUUCGGUCCGUAUAAGGAGAAGCGCGAGGAAGUGAUUGCCGCCACCUACCGGUCGGCAGAUAUCCUGGACGACAGCCGGAAGCCGCCCGCCAUUCGACCUGCACUUGAACCCAAGAAACCUGUUCCGUCCGUCAAGGACGUCAUCGGCCGCGCCCUCGAUAUGAUUGGCUCGUACGGAGAUCUGAACAAUAAGGAACAGGUCGUAGCACUGAUUGACGAGGACAUGUGCAUCAACUGUGGCAAGUGUUACAUGACGUGUAACGACUCCGGCUACCAGGCGAUCACGUUCGACCCUGAGACCCACCUGCCCAAGGUCAAUGACGACUGCACGGGAUGCACCCUGUGUUUGUCCGUAUGUCCGAUUAUCGACUGCAUCAAGAUGGUUACCAGGCCAACGCCCUACAUUCCGAAGCGAGGCAUUCCUCUGAAGGCUCCAGCCCCGGCGAACUUGAUUCUUACAACAAAUUAGAAAGCCGCAUUUCGACUUUCACGACAACGACAUUUGCAGUUGUAUUUCUUUAAUGAACACGCGGAUUGAACGUUUCUGUAUUUAGGUGUUAAUUACACUAUGCUUUUGGACAGAACUAAACAUGUUUUUCAGUCAUGUAUUUAUGAGACUUUUUAUUCGCCCGUUUUUUCAAAACGGGACGUAUUAUAGUUUCACCCUUGGCGGGUGGGCGGGCGGCGUCCAAUAUUAAAAUAGUUUUCAUCCGAUCUUCACCAAACUUGGUCAGAAGUUGUAUCUAGACAAUUUCUAGGUCAAGUGCUAAUAUGGGUCAUGCCGGGUCAAAAACUAGGUCACGGGGUCACUUAGUGCAUUUCAAGGAUUAAGCAUGGUGUCCGCUCUCUAAUUCAAGUAGUUUUCAUCCGAUCUUCACCAAAUUUGAUCAGAAGUUGUGUCUAGAUCAUAUCUAGGUCAAGUGCAAAUAUGUGUUGCUUAAUUUAAAAAAAUAAAUAUCAUUUUGCCACUCAAAUGGUAAAGUUAUCAAGUUAUCCAAAACCCUCAAACGGGCGUAUCUUGUGACAGUUUGGCACUCUUGUUUUCUGAUACGACUGCAGCAGUUUAUAUUUGUUCACAAAUAUAAAAUUAAUACAUUCGUUUCUGUGUUAUUUGCAAACGCUAUCAACACAGUUAAUUACUUUACGUAGAAAAUGUUUUCCUUUUUCAGCAAGAUAAUUUUAAUAUUUAUACUUUCGUUUCUGUUUUAUUUGCUGACGUUUUCAUCUAAAAUAUAGCAUGUAUAUUUUCCGCACUAAAAGUAUUUAUUCAUAUACGUUCCAGACAAGUUUUGCUCAUUAAAUGUACAUGUGUUUGUGUUUUCAUAGUCAGAUAUUAUAUGUUGCAUGUUCAAGUUUAGAUUGUAUUGUAAAUUCAAGUUUAUAUUGUAUUGUAAAGUAAUUCGUGUACGUGUGUUUGUGUUUUCAUAGUCAGAUAUUAUAUGUUGCAUGUUCAAGCUUAGACUGUAUUGUAAAUUCAAGUUUAGAUUGUAUUGUAAAGUAAUUCCUUUUCGAUCUGUUGAUUUGAAUUGAUUUGGGUUUUCUAUUUUUGCUAGGAGCAAAAAUAAUAUCGCUAUUCACGCGGCAACUAGAUAGUUUAGAAUUGUAGACGCGAUGUAUAAUCAGAUUUUUAUGACGUAAUCCUUGUUUUGGAAGUUUGUUGUUUUCCAUAUUGCUGAUUAUUUAUUUCUUAUCCACAUAAAAGUAACUGUCUACAUUUAAAUCGAGUGGAAUUUUGAGUAAUAUUACAGCACCUUUCAAAGUUCUAAUUUAUUUACUUUCGUUAAGGGCUUUAAGGGCUUUAAGUCAUAAACACUCGUCAAUGACGGCACUUUUCUUAAUAUGAGCUUUUCCGUCGCUUUCUCUUGCAACAAGUAUAUUAUUUGAAACAUCAAUAGAUAACACCGUCCUAUUUACUUUGUAUCAGCGAUCUGACUUUGUGUUCUUUAUGACAAAUGUGUUGUUUUGAUGUGAACAGAUGUUUGGCGUGAAUAAUGGCUAUUAUUACUAUUAAAUCGGAGCAUUUGAAA